AUGGCUGGUUCGCUCAUAGGCAGAAUCGAUCCAUUCGAUCGUACUGAGGAGGAUUGGCCGACAUAUAUUGAAAGACUAGAUCAAUAUUUUGCCGCAAAUGCAAUCACUGACGAUCGCAAAGUGCCUGCAUUUAUCAGUCUGAUAGGCCCAAAGACUUAUGGAUUGUUGAAAAAUCUGAUUGCUCCUGAAAAGCCAAGUACCAAGUCGUACACAGAAUUAGUUGAUGUGCUGAGGAAACACCUCGCCCCCAAACCGCUUGUUAUCGCAGAGAGGUUUCGCUUUCACAAGCGUGAUCAGCGUGAGGGAGAAUCAGUUACUGCAUAUCUCGCUGAACUUAGACGAUUAACAGAAUAUUGCGAAUUUGGGAGUUAUCUCAAUGACGCACUUCGUGAUCGCCUAGUGUGUGGUCUGCGGGCUGGCAACAUCACUAAACGUCUACUCGCUGAAGCUAAGCUCACACUCAAGAAAGCGAUUGAGAUAGCUACAGCUAUGGAAGCUGCUGCUAAAGACGCAGUUGAAUUUCAACAACAGCUGAAACCAGAGACUUCGGUCCACAAAUUCGCAGCCAAACCGCAACCAACUUCAACAUCGACAUGCUAUCGCUGUGGGAAAUCUGGUCAUUCUCCCAACCAGUGUCACUUCAAAGACGCUACGUGUCAUGGAUGCAACAAGAAAGGUCACAUCCGACCAGUCUGCCGCUCGAGUACUAGCCCACAACAGGCUAGUCGCCCACGUAACUCUCGCAAAGGCCGACCACAAGGAGGAAAAGUAAAGGCGAAACCCAUGAAAUCAGUCGAGGAAGCCAGUAGCGACGACGACAUUACCUACGUCGGUCGACUCAGAGUCAACAAUCUGGAUCAUCGCAAAGAUAGCACGAUCUGGUUGACCCCAUCGAUUAAUGGCACAAAUAUUCGCAUGGAACUUGACACAGGUUCGGCUGUAUCUGUAAUCUCCAAGGCAGACUACCAGCGACAUUUCGCGAAUUCGAAACUCGAGUCAACUCCAGUCAAAUUGCAGACCUACACUGGUGAAAAGGUAUCACCAGUUGGUUGUCUGCAAGUGGACAUCUGCUACCAGGAACAACGACACACCGGACUGUUGUAUGUUGUUCAACGCGGUGGGCCAGCAUUGUUUGGUCGCGAUUGGCUCGCCCACUUCAAACUGGACUGGCCGAGCAUUUUCGCCAUAUCAUCUGAGCAUCCGCCAGUGAACAUGGAGGCUAAGUUACAAGCCUUGUUAGACUCGUAUCCUGAACUCUUCAAGGACGAAAUUGGGGAACUCACAGACAUACGAGCAAAAUUGACUCUCAAAGAUAAUGCUCACCCAGUGUUCCUCAAGGCAAGACAAGUGCCAUAUGCACUGAGACCCCAAGUCGAAGCUGAGCUCGCCAAGCUUCAACAGCAGAACAUUAUCUCACCAGUAGAGACUAGUGAAUGGGCCACACCCAUAGUGCCCGUUCCAAAGAAAAAUGGUGGGGUAAGAAUUUGCGGUGACUUCAAAGUGACUGUUAAUGCCAACUUGCAUGUUGACCAUUACCCCUUGCCCAAGAUCGACGACGUGUUCGCCACCCUGGCAGGCGGACAGCACUUCAGUAAGCUUGACCUCAAACAAGCAUACUUACAUAUGGUAAUGGACGAGGAGUCAAGCAAGCUACUCACUCUCAACACUCACAAGGGACUGUUCAAAAUGAAUCGACUUGCCUUCGGAGUAGCAUCAGCACCCGCAAUAUGGCAACGGACAAUGGAGCAAAUCAUCCAGGGCAUUCCAGGUGUGCAGUGCAUUCUGGAUGAUAUGCUCAUCACCGGUCGCGAUAACACAGAACAUCUUCGUAAUCUGGAGAAAGUUCUAUCUGUGUUGCGAGAUCGAGGACUGCGUCUCAACAAAUCCAAGUGCGAGUUCUUCAAGAGCAAGGUAGUCUUCUGUGGUCAUGAAAUUGAUGCACGGGGAUUACACAAGACGCAGGACAAGAUCAACGCGGUCAAGAACGCACCCCGACCUACUAAUGUUGGGCAGGUUCGUUCCUUCCUCGGACUCAUCAACUACUACCACAGAUUCUUGCCUAACCUCUCCACUGUUCUGCACCCACUUCACCAGCUCUUGGAGAAAAAUCACAAAUGGGCGUGGUCUACAGAAUGUGAGACAGCAUUCGAGCAGGCAAAAACUCUAAUCACAUCUGAGGAAGUCUUGACCCACUACGACCCAAAGUUGCCAGUAAAAUUAGCUUGCGAUGCAUCACCGUACGGGCUGGGCUCCGUCAUGUCCCACGUAAUGCCCGACAACACGGAGCGACCAAUCGCAUAUGCUUCGCGAACAUUGUCAUCUGCUGAGCGAAACUACUCGCAAAUCGACAAGGAAGCCUUAGCGCUCGUGUGGGGUGUCAAGAAAUUCAACAACUAUCUGUGUGGGCGGAAGUUCACAUUGGUGACCGAUCACCAACCGCUCACGUCAAUAUUUCAUCCCGCUAAGAGCAUCCCUGCAACGACAGCUUCUCGCAUGGUUCGCUACGCUGUAUUCCUUGCCAGCUACGACUACGAAAUUGAGUACAAGAGUACCACCAAACACUGUAAAGCGGAUGGACUUUCGCGAAUGCCACUUCCUGAGGUCAGGGUAGAGCACACUGACCCAGAUGAUAUCCUACACUUGUCGCAAUUCGACACAUUGCCAGUCACCAGUGCCCAAAUACGCAAGGAAACUGCUCGCGAUGUCGUACUCGCCAAAGCUUACGAGUACACUAUGAAGGGCUGGCCUCACUCCCACGACUCUGAACUGAAUCCAUUCCACGCACGUAGGCAUGAACUUUCCGUACACAACGGAUGCCUCAUGUGGGGAUUACGCGUUGUAGUGCCAGCCAAGCUACGCGACAAGGUCCUCAUCGAGCUACAUGAAGGUCACCUGGGGGUUGUCAAAAUGAAAACCCUCGCACGCGGUUACAUGUGGUGGCCUGGCAUCGACAGUGACAUUGAAAAACUUGCCAAAGGUUGUUCUGGAUGCCAGCUAGUCCAGCACAACCCUAAGUCAGCACCACUUCACACAUGGGAAUGGCCCAUGUCUCCAUGGCAACGUAUCCACAUUGACUAUGCUGGACCGUUCCUCGGUCAAAUGUUUUUGAUCGUAGUGGAUGCACACUCCAAAUGGCCAGAAGUGGUAAGCACCAAAUCAUCCGAUUCUUCUCACACCAUUGAUAUUCUCAGAGCCAUCUUCGCGAGAAAUGGAGUUCCGGAGCAACUCGUGAGUGAUAACGCACCCCAGUUUACAUCUGAUGAGUUUCAGAUGUUCCUCAAGCGCAACGGUGUGAAACACAUCACAUCUGCCCCGUAUCAUCCCGCAACAAAUGGCCUUGCUGAACGGUUUGUGCAGACAUUUAAGCAAGCCAUGAAAUCAAUGACAGGGGAGAAAGGAACCACAUCUGCCAAACUGGCUAGUUUCCUGUUGGCAUACAGGAAUGCUCCUCACUCUACGACUGGACAGUCCCCCGCUACACUGUUCAUGGGACGCAACCUUCGUUCGCGAUUGGACAUUCUGAAACCCAACAUUCGCAACCAUGUUAGCAGUAAGCAGGUGGAUCAAGCAACAUCUCACAAGUCUGCUAGUGUGACCCGAGAGUUUCACAUUGGCCAGACAGUCUCUGUUCGCGACUACCGCGGUAAGCAGAAAUGGAUCCCAGGAGUCAUACAUGCGCGAUCUGGUCCACUGUCCUACCAAGUUUGUGUUGGGCCAAACAUGAUUUGGCGCCGACAUGUUGACCAACUCAUCGACUCUGACACCGGAAAACCACCUGAUCUGAACACACCACAUGAUGCAGUCCCAGAGAUACUUGUACCAGACCCAGUCAUCCCUGCAUCAUUAACCGCUACGCCAGAACAAGCAGUGCCUAGCGAAACACUCACUCCAGCAGAACCACCCUUGCCAGCAAGCCCAAAAGUAGUGGAACGCCGCUACCCAUCUCGCAAUCGCAAACCCCCAGAUAAACUCAAUCUGUGA